AUGGCGGUACGUACCUCCCUCCACAUGAGUUACUCUCGACUCCUGUACUGACCUUGACCCGACUCGCUUGUAUCCCCUGAUCUUGUCGACUGUCCGCCGCUCCGCCAUUCGACCGCCUCUCUCCUGUUACGUCUCGCCUCACCUCGUCACACGAUCACAGUCAGGAUUCGGUUACGCAGGAGGACGAUCUCGAUGCUUCGCAUUCUGGCAAGGUGCGUCUUCAAUUGAAGUCGGACGAGGGACAGAGAGUGGUGGGGUGCUGGGAGGCCAGACACCGCAACGACGGCGAAGCCUCCAGCACCGAGCGCUAUGACUGACCGUGACAUGUUGUACUUUAGACUUCUCGUCUUGCUACUCCAAAGCCGACAUGCUGCACGAAUGCGUUCAACCCAGGGAUGACUACUUGGAAUGCUUGCAUCGCACAAAGGAGGUUCGUUCGAGACCUCCGAACCACAAGUGCUUCCUCUUUACGCAUGCUCAUCACCACCUUCUUGGCAUCUCUUUCUCUUCCCCACAACUACCUAGAUUUCGAAGGCUAUGAAGAUCAAGUCGCAGUACUUGACCAAGACCAAGGUCGAGUUGGACCAGAAGCGGAAAGAGAUCGAGACGACGACCGACAGUGGGAUUUUGGGCUUGGGGCUGUUGCAACGACCGGACGAGGCACAGCCAUCGACCUAG